UAUGUGACUUGCUUGCUUCAUACGUUGCGACCACAUGAGCAAUAUCAGGUCAUACCUCAAAGCCAGGCCGUAUCGAACGUAUCGAGCAGCCAAUCACAUCCACCAAAUCGCGCAGCCUCGGCCCAACUUUCACGCGCCGUGUUUCAGCGACUUCUUCGAGCUCAACAUCACCGCUACUCUGUCAUUUCCCUUUCCUUUUGCUUCUGCUGCCUGUACGUUUUGGAUCUCGUAUUCGAGCGUUUCCUGUUCAUCUAUCGCAUCUCCCUCUUCUAAAGCAUCAAAAUCCAGGAUACACAUUUGAUCCCGCGGACCAUCAGCCACACGCACUCGCCACAAUGGACGCCACACCUUCAGCCAUGCUGAGGCUCUUGGUGCCCAAGGUACCAUUCAUGCUCAAAACAGCACUCUGGCAUUCCAUCGGUCAAUCCGCCACAUCCUCAAAAUGGGAUCUCCGGACCGAACUCACCAUCAACAUUCUCCGGGACAUGAUCGGCCCCAACUCUGAGCCGUCUCCGAUAUCGAAAAUCCAGCGCUUGACCACGAAAGAUCCGGGAAUUAAGGGGAGUGUGUGGGUGAGCAAGGUGAAGCUGAAGGUACCAGAAGAGGACGAUGUGCGACAGCUGUUGUUCAAAGCGAUUGAAGACAUGGGCAGUGGAGAGGAGCAGUGGACGAAGCCCUCAUCCCAGCCGCUGGAAGCAGAAUGGAACGGGUACCGCGCUCAAGCUCUGGACCCAAAAGCUCCGCAGCCCACAGACCGAGAUGAAAGACAGGAGUAUGCCAACAUGAUGAAAGAAGUCACUUCCAAAGUCACGCUCCUCUACUUCCACGGCGGCGCAAUGUACCUCCUCGACCCCGCGACCUACCGCCCGACCACCUCCCGCCUGGCCAAGGAAACAGAUGGCCGAGUGUUCAAUGUAAGAUACAGGCUGGCGCCAUCCAACCCCUUCCCGGCUGUGCUGCUGGACUGCUUCACCGCGUACCUCUCCCUCCUUCACCCACCGCCAGGCGCUCCGCACGAUCCCGUACCAGCGAGUGAGAUUGUGUUCGGCGGCGACUCAGCGGGCGGCACAUGCUGCACGGCUUUGCUCCAACUACUCUUGCAACUGCACCGCUCGUCCCCCGGGCGUGUGCCGACAGUCAAGUUCCACGGCAGGGAGGUCGAGAUCCCGCUCCCAGCAGGCGUGGCAAUGACAAGUCCAUGGCUAGACAUCACGCGCGGCCUGCCCAGCAUCGAGGGGCUGGUAAAGUACGAUUACCUCCCCCCGCCCAGUCAGACUGAUACGCGCGAGUUCCCCGCUUGUGAUAUCUGGCCGUCCAACCCCCCUCGCGCAGACCUCUAUUGCGAGGGCAGCGCACUCCUUCAUCCGCUUGUUUCACCGCUGGCAGCCAAGGACUGGAGCGGUGCUCCGCCGCUGUUUUUCAGUUUAGGGCAGGAGAUGUUGAGAGAUGAGGAUGCGGUGCUUGCGCAGAGGGCGGUGGGGCAGGGUGUGAAGGUGGUGUGGAGAGAGUUUGAGGCUAUGCCGCAUUGUUUUGCGAUGUUGCUUGAGAACAAUAAUGGGACGCCUGUGCAUUACGCGGAGUAUGCGAAGUUUUGUCGGGAGGUUGUUGAGCGUCAACACAGCAUUGCAACGAACGGAGAAUUCAUAGCAGCAAAGAGCUUGGCAAGGAGUGGGGUGGAUGUGGAGCGGGGGUUGACAGACUUGACGGAUGGCCAGGUUGAGGAGUACAUGAGGAAGGGCAAAGACAGGAUUGAGGCAAAGUUCAGAAGGGGUCAGGAUCCGGCUGUGGAGGCAAGGCCCAUGUUGUAGAUGUGAGAUGGCUUGGUAAGGUAGAUGGAGGGGUAGAUGGAGGUAUAUACCCGUACACAUAGAUCAGGCGUUCUUCGUUUCCAGGGGUUUUGGAUGUAAUAUGACUUGGUAGACAUCAGAGAAUCUGCACAUAAUUUGCAGAUCAGCGAUUUG